AAGACCAGGGACAGAACCCCGACCCGUCCCAGGAGUCCUUCGCAGACCAUCCUCUCACUCCUGAAGGAUCCAAGGUCGAAGCAGCGCAUGACUACGACCCCGAUUACUAUGAUAACUUGUACGAUGAAUUCAUAGACAUGUACUACGACCAGACGGGGGCUGACGGAGGCAAGGGGCCGAGCCGUACCCCCUCUCCCCCUGAAGACCACGAGGAGCAGUUAGGCCGCAGUGUACCUUCGACCACAACUUCCUCAAGUACAAAUCCACCAACGACCACAUCAACGACUACACCAACAACUACCACAUCAACUGAGCCUCCUACGACAACGACCACAACAACACAACCUCCCACAACGACCACAACAUCCACAACGACGCCGCCGCCUACCACUACUACUACUACUUCAACGACUACAACCACCACCACAACAACACCCCCGCCCACGACCACCACCACAACCACGACUCCUGCAACUACAACAACGCAGAGAACAACAACAAGAACGACUCCCACAAGCAAGAACGCAGCCGUGGCAAGAGGCGGCGCUCCCAUCAGCCUCUCGGAGAUCCUGCAGGGCAUGGGCAUGAUCCUCCCUCAGUUCCUGGUGGCGCUGAGGGGCGAGGGCAUGUCCCUGAAGGAGUUCACGACGAGUCUCCAAUCCCGGGGACUCACGCAGAGGGAAUUUAGCAGCGUCAAAGGGAGCAUCCAGGACCUCCUUGCAAUGUUGAAAGAAAAUGACAGCGGAGAGGUUGAGGAAGAGCAGACUGAACGCACGACUACCACGAGUACAACGACGACUACUUCCACGACCUACCACGACCCCUACCACAACGUCUACCACUUCCACGACCACCACGACCGCCAGCCAACGACGACCCGGCCGACCACACCACCUCGUCCGCCCAAGAUUUUUGGCUUCCUGCCCGGCGGGAGGCAGUCCUUCGAGGGCACGAAGAAGCCAGCGAGCUCGCCCACUGAGUGGGAGGCAGGGGAGGGCGCGGGCGAGGGCGUGCAGGCGAGCGAGGAAGGGGACGCGGAGACGCCUGCAGGUGCGGACGAAGGCAAGAGCCCCAUCCCGAUAAAGGUGGACCUCGCGGCCAUCAUGAAGGACAAGGGCCUCUCCGCUUCCGACAUCCUGCACGACCUCGGCUCCCUCUUCAGCCUCACGGACAGCGGCCCUUCCAAGGGCGGCGCCGCGGCGGAGACGGAGAGGACGAGCCCGGCCGAGGAGGGGAAGGGCAACGCCGAGGAGCAGGGAGGCGACGAGGCCGAGCCGCAGCCGCGCCCCUACACCACCCCCGAGACGCCCGUGUCCCUCCGCCCGUACCGGACCUCCGCAGAGUCCGGAAGGCGUCCCCCGCGGCCCUACAGACCCCUAGGGCACGAGGGCGGUCGUAGCGACUCCAACUUUCGCAGGAUCCUAACGAGCCGCUUCCAGACGACCGAGCGCACGACCCUGCGGCCUCCGUACGUGCCUCCGCCCUACAACCCCGAGAGCGACCUGUCCUCGCUGCUCGAUGUCCUCCACAACUCCACCACCACCUCCGAGGACGGCAGCCUGUCCUUCGGGCUCUCGCGCGACGGCGACAGCGCCUCCUCCGGCUACUCCUACGGCGACGAGUACCGGCCGAGGCCCUUGGAGGACGACUACUUCCCCCUCUACGACGACGACCCCAACUCCCUCAACAUGUCCACCAAGAGCGCCAUCAUGGCCGCGUCCAUCCUCGGCGGCGUGGCCAUGUGCGUGUUCCUGGCCAUCCUGGUGGUGGUGAUGUACAGAGGCCGCAACAGGAACCGCCGCGUGCCCCUCGCCCUGCCCAGCGACGCCUCCUCGUCGUCCACGCCGCCCAUCUACUCCACCAGGAUGAGCGUGGGCAAGGGCGGCUACCAAUCCGCCGGCUUCUGGGGGACGCUGAAGAAGAGGUUCGACCCCUACUCCCUCAGCUCCACGCCCACCACCAUGUCCUGAGCUCUGCGGGCGUGAGGGGACGGACCCGUGCUCGCGGGCGUGAGGGGACGGACUCGUGCUCGCGGGCGUCUCACAUGACCUAAUGACAGAGUCGUUGCAUGGCUGUGGGUCGUUUUUUUGCCAUAAACCGAGAGCGUGCGAGGUGGUCGUGUGUUGAAGUGUUUUGCAAUCAUCCUUCCAGAGCAACAUUGUGUGAUAUUACUGCACCAACUGUUUUCUUGCAACAGAAUUUCUGAGUGAAACUACGAAGAUAUGUUAUUGCUAUUAUUGUCAUUAUUUUCAUUAAUUAUUAUCAUUAUUAUUAUUUUUUG